ACUUGCAGGACUCAAUUACCGGGGCUGCCCACUCCUUCAACUUGUGUUUCCCUCCCACGAUGAGCAGACCAACUCUGACGCACAGCUCUGUGGCUUUCUGUAGCAUCCUCUUCCUCCCCUUAGCCACACAAUGCCUGGCUUUCCCCAAAGUGGAAAAGAUGGAGGUAGCACAUGCUUAUGCAGAGAAAGAGCAGUCUCAGAAGAUGGACACAGGUGACGAAGAAAACAUCUCCUUUGCUCCAAAGUCCAUGCCCCAGCAGAUGUCCUCUGAAGCUCCAAUGGCACUGUCUGCAGGAUCAUCAGUGAUGCAAUUAGAUAAAGCAUUCUCUGUCAACAAAGAACACCACCUUCCAGGAGCUGGGCUUCUGAAGAUCCCUGAUCUUCACUCUUCCAGUGAGCCAGUGGUCUCAACCAGUGAACAAAGGCCUGGCCCCAGUCAGCUUGAAAGAAUGUCUCCUAAACACAGACUUUCCAAGGCCAUGUCAAUCAUUGCUGUCUCAUCACCUACUUCUCUUAGUCCUCACCAGGAGGGACCAUACAGCAGUUCUAGCACCCAGCCCACUGUAGAAGGGAUCACAGAUGUAACACGUGACUUCCUGAAGUAUGUGGAUAAUCAGUUGUUUGGAACUGAAAGUCAGGAAGCAGUUAGCUUGGGAAAUACACCUUCAUCCUAUAUAAAUACCAAAGAAAUGCUAACUGCCAAUCCAAGACCUGAGGAACUUGAAACAGAUGCAGCCAAGAAGACCACUGCCUUUCCUGGUGCUGAUUUGACAGCAGACACAGAGUCUGAUGGGGAGACGCCCUCAGAGAAGCCAGCUGACAAUGCCCAGACCACUGUCACCACACACUUGGUGGCCACCCCUGAGGAUAUUUUGAAUAUUGAUCCAACAGCUGAGAGUCUCCUGGGGGACCUCAAGGUCACAGUGAGUGUCAGCACAGCUGUUCCAGUUUCUUCUGUCCCAAGUGAUGAGUGGGAUGACACCAAAUUUGAGAGUGUGAGUCAGUCAAGCACCCCAGAUUCAGGAGGCAGUGCAGAGACUCAAGUGAGAACAGAGCCACCACACAGAAUGCCUGAGAGCUAUGAAGGGAUUGAGGGGAGCCCUGCUUCCACAGAGGUUAACAAGGUGACUCCAGGGCUGCCUGAAGGAGAAACAACCCUGGGGACAGCCCUGAUAAUUGCACUGGAGGAAGAGAGAUCACCAGUCUUUACCCAUCAAAUUUCCUCGACUCCCACAAGUCUGACAGAAGACCCUGAGGUUUCCAGUGUGAACCUGUUCCCAAGUGCCAGAGGCUUCACAGCAUCCACUCUCGAGGACAGAACCAUGCUUUUCUCAAAGAAUGCAGUUUCUACCUCUCAAUAUGAGUCUGAGACACAUCAGGCACUAGGAAAUGUGCUAAAAGACAUCACUCAAGAGAUGACUAUGGCCACUCAAGAACCAGACUCCAUAUUACCCAUGGUGACACAAGAGAAUAUGGAGGUUCCCAGAGGCAGUGGGGAGCCUGAAGAAGGCAUGCCAUCUCACUCUCCUGUGUCUGCUGAUGUUGGUGCCACUGAGCUGUCCGGAAGAUGGGAGUCUCUGGCCACUCCAGCCUCCACCACUGUUGUCCCUUUGCCUCUUGAAGUUACCUCUUCUAUGGGAGACCUAAUGGACACAAUCACGGGGCCAAAUGAGGAAUUCAUGCCAGUUUUGGGCUUUCCGAUGACACCCCCUGCAAUGACUGUGGAAGCUCCCACAGUUUCUCCAGCACUCCAGUCUGAGGAAAGAACUAUUUCGUCCAUCAACCACCCAAAUACAGCUGCCUCCUAUGGCCUGGAACAACUUGAAUCUGAAGAGGCAGAAGAUGAGGAGGAUGAGGAGGAUGAAGAAGAUGAAGAUGAAGAAGAGGAAGAGGAGGAAGAAGAUGAGGAAGAUAAAGAAGCAGACUCCUUAUAUAAGGACUUCAAUGGUGAUACGGAGUUACCGGGGUUUACUCUCCCUGGAAUCACAUCCCAGAAACCUGACGUAGAGCCAGGAAGCAUGGCCCUACUAGAGGUAGCAACCUACCAGGUGCCAGAAACCAUGGAGUGGGAGCAGCAGAAUCAAGGUCUGGUGAGAAGCUGGAUGGAAAAGCUGAAAGACAAGGCUGGCUACAUGUCUGGAAUGCUGGUGCCUGUUGGGGUAGGGAUCGCUGGAGCCUUGUUCAUCUUGGGAGCACUCUACAGCAUUAAGGUUAUGAAUCGCCGAAGAAGAAACGGCUUCAAACGGCAUAAAAGGAAGCAGAGAGAAUUCAACAGCAUGCAAGAUAGAGUGAUGCUGUUAGCGGACAGCUCUGAAGAUGAAUUCUGAAUUGGACUUGGGGUUCAUUCAAUGAGAUAAUUGUUUUAUUUUUUAUUUGGGGGCAAGAAGACGAAAGAAAAUACAUGAAUAAAAACCAACAAUAUCUCACCACCUUGCUGCUGCUGGGCCUUUGCUCCAGCCCUCGUCGCUGCUGGAGAGUAGAUUUUUCUUGUGAUAAGCAGAAAAGACACCCUGUACUCUAAAUGCAGCAUUCAGUGUUCGGUUAUUCUGUAGUGUGUUUGCCAUCACCAGGGGCUGUAAUUUAGAGACAUAUAGCACACGUGCUCAGUAGGAGUAGCUGGGUUGGGUAGAGCCAAUAUCUUGUAUUUUUCCAUUGCCUUUUCCUUGGUUUGGAUUACUGGCCUGCAGUGAAUGGUGGUGCCAUAAGAGCAUCUUUAAUUUUAAUAGACAAUUUCCAAGGAAGAGAAACUCCUUAUAAUCCUUCUCUGAUUUUUUGAAAUUGUUGACUUGUAGAUAUCAGUGCAUCCUAUGUCUGCAUCAAGGACUAGUUACCACCUGGAAUGAAAUUUUUUUCCUGAGAUAUUGCAGCUUAUUAGGGUUAUGUGCAGGUUUGCAUAAUGUUACAUUAAACCUUCCAGUCUCUUUGUUUUUUAUUAUUUUUAUCUCUCUCUUAGUCUCACUAUUAGUAAGAAAAACAUGCACUAGAAAUUAUAUGUUAAAUGAACCCUUAACCUUAAUUUAUACUUGCUUUCUUAAAAGUGUUAGUUAGUCCAAUGGGUAUGAUGAAAGAUUCUUAUUUGUUUAUCAUUACAAAAUAUUCUUUUGGUAUAUUGCUGAAAUUAGUCAAGAAGCAAAAAGGAUGACGAGGGUGUGUAGGCUCCCAGGGUGUUUGCCCCUGACAUUUGGUUUUGUGUUUGUGUGGCCAGUACCGUGGAUAAGUCAAAGUGUCACUUUUCCAUGUCUAGGAUCUUGCUAUGGGAGGAGUGAGCCACCAGGGGUCUUUUCUUGGCUGCCUUUAUUACAAAAGGCAGGCAUUCUUAGGUAGAAGGUGGCCCAGUGGCCAGAGUCCUCAUGUACAAAUGAGCUCAAGCCAUCCCUCACGUGGGAUGAUGGCCUGUUAAAUCCUCUCUCGUUUUUCUUGGAAUGCAAUUCCUUCUUCUAUACCAAAUAACACAUUCAAACACCCUGUUUGAAUCUGGGUAUUUGGGAAUUGUAGCUCACUGUAUUUAGCAGUGUGGCUUGGAUCAGUUCCAAGGAUAGAUAAAGGUUACCAAUAAUGCUGUUACCAUGGAGAAUUUGUUCAUAGAUGUUAGAGCCUAUUCUACUCUGACAGGGUCUAUUUAAUUACUCCUCAUAGCUUCUGGGUGAGGAAGAGCAUUUAUUUUUUUUUUUUCCAUUCCACUGAAGAUGGAGCGAAAGUGGAGGAGAGAAAGAGUCAAUCAUCACUUACAUCUAUGGACUCAGCAUGAAGACCACCUUAGACCAAACUCUGUACUGCAUCUUCAGUUCGGUGCCCUUUCUGUGCUUUGGGAAGUAUUAUGACAUUGGAAGGUCCUUCUUUAAAACCAAGGCUACUUGGUCAAGGAAUAUUUAUUAUUCAUUUCUUUGUUUGUUAAAUGAAUGAACUUUUCACACAAGUUCUUCCCUCCCACAUGGAUUUUAAGUAUCAUUUCUAGGAAUCUAAUAGUGAAAAUGUCUUGGAACCUGUCUUUUGAAUGAUGGCUAGCUCACACCACACACAAAAAAAAAUGUUUUCAUCAAGUAAGCUUAACUCUUUUGGUCAAGAAAGCAACUGUGUAAAGCUGAUGAAGAGAAAUCAAAGUUCCACGGAGACAAAGACAAGUUAGCAGUUCCGAAAUUGGGUUGAAGUCAGAUUCUUUUUUUUAAAGUAGAACUUAAGUCCUGACUCUCAUCAGUCCCGCUAGGAGAGCUGUCCUGCUUCUGAGGAAGUGAUGCUUCCUAAGAGCAGUCUCUUGCUAUGAGCAUGAGGGGACACUGUCACCUGCAUUCUUGACAAUACGUAUAUAGCAAACUAACAUAGGUUCUGUUAAUUCAAGGACACGUGGAUGAAACUGAUGGUCAGUCAUGCCUAGAGCUGCUCAAUCUGUAGCUUUAGGUUAGCUCAGGGCUAAUAGUGCCUCUUCAAACUGUUGAAUAAAAAGGUCAUCUGUAACCAUCAUAAAUUCACACUGAAGAUAGCGUGUGUGUGAAUUUGUCCUUUAACAGCAAUCUCUACAUCCCCUUUGGCAGAGGUACAGAAAAGGGGUUUACUUAGAUUAUAGCAGAUUUCUGUACAAAUCUAUUUAACUGUCUGCAUAAAGAAAUGUGGUAUACAUUAGACUAUUACCCAGUGCUAAAAAGAAGAAAGGAAUCCUGUUCUUGUGACAUGGAUGUUGGAGGACUGUCUGCUAAGUAAAUAAACCAGGCACAUAAGAAGUACUUCAUGAUUCUAAUGGCCAUGAGUCAUCUGAAGUGGUCAAAUUCAGAAAUCCGAUGGUUGCCAGGGAGAAGGGAGGCAUGAGGAGGUGUUGGCCGGAGGUGUUAAGUUUCAGUUAUGAAGAUGAAUAGGUUCUAGGCAUCUGUUGUACAGCGUAGCACCUACAGUUAAUAAUGCUGUAUUGUAGAGCAUAGUGCCUAUUCUUAACAAUAUAUUUUUCAUAUAAAAUUUUGUUAAGAUAGUAGGUCUCACAUUAAAUAUUUUUACCAUGAGACUAGGAGAUAAAGGAGAGCAGGACUCUGGGAAGGAACGCUUUUCCCUAGUCACCCUACCCAACAAAUCACACUUGCCAUAGUAAGGAAGGGAAAAUAAAAGCCAAGUUAAAUGAGAGAAGCUACUAGAAAAAAAGAACAGAAGGCAGGGCUGAGGAGAGGAAGUUUUCUACCACGCUACCAUGCUUUGGGUUCCUUUUGCCUAAUCAGAAGAUAAUAUUUUUAUUUUGAACAUCUUUGAUUUUUCCCUCUUCCAUGAGCUGAUUCAUUUACUAGCUGCUGGCUUAAUUUAUAUGCAAUAUUUAGAGUUAAUUAGUAUCCCAGGGUAACAGAUUCCCUUAGUAAUGCCUUAGCCUUGACUGCAGCUCAUAUGUUACCUUAGUGGUAUUUUUCCAGAAAUUUAAAGUAUCAGUAUCUCUUACACAGGUCAAAAAUGUUGUGUGGAAAAUUUUAAAGUGAAGUUUGGGGACAUAUCAAAAAUGAUUCUAUCUUAGUCAACUCUAAAGCAAUUCAUUAUUUCAUUAAUUCUGCUCUAUUUUAUUUUAUUUUUUGUGGUACUGGGGAUGAAACUCAUGACUUCAUGCACACUAAGCAAGUGCCCUCAUUGUAAAACACACACAUAUACACACAGACACACAGACACACAGACACACACACACACACACACACACACACACACACACAUAGACACACACACACACACACACACACACACACACACACACACACACACACACAUUUGAAACCCAAGAGUUAAAAUGUUAUUGCCAUGAGAACAAUAUGGAAUAAUAGUCUGAAUGUCUAGUGCUUCCCUCUCUGUGUGCCUCUGGAUAUUUUCUUCCUGUGGAAGUCCAAAUGAAACAUCAUUUAAAUUACAUCCAUAGUGUGUGUGUGUGUGUGUGUGUGGGUGUGUCUGUGUGUGUGUGGGUGUGUCUGUGUGUGUCUGUGUCUGUGUGUCUGUGUGUGUGUGUGUUCAAAUCAUCUUUGGACAUUGUGAUUUCUGCGGAUAUGAAUAACCAUUAUCCCUGCCAACUGCUGAAAAACAGCUUUUGGAAACAAGCUAUAUUAUUUGGCACAAGCUUAUAGCUGUGUGGUAUUUUGUAGACUUUGCUUUGACCAAAGGUAAAUAUGAAGAGGAAAGAUUACAGUGAAAAGAAAUCAACCUCUCCAGUUAGCAGGAUGAUUUCACUGCGUACAGUCUACCCUUAGGGAGUGGCUGGGAUUCCUUGUCCCUGGUAUAUUGCCUGGAAGUUGUUGACAUUUUACAAAGGCCACAUAUAACCACCACAUUGUUUUAUUUCUGUUUGUGCCAUGCCUUGGACUAGUUUCCCACAAUGAGUUUGAGUAUGGAAGAAAUAGAUGGUAUUGCCCUUAUCACAGAUCUGGGUUUGCUGGCUUAAUAUCAAAAUCUUAUUGAUCUGUUUCUUAAACUGAUUUUUCUCUUGAGAAAUUUUAAGAAUGAUUUUAUUGAUUUCCAGAAAAUAUUAAACUCAAAAUCUUGAGACCUGGAAUUCUUUUCUACUCAACAAAACCAAUCAUUGUGUAUAAACAUUGUUCAACUAAAGUAAUAAAUGUCAGUUAAACAAGUAAGAAUAAACAAAUGUAAUAACAAGAAAGAAAUAGGAACAGAAAAAAAGAUGGAAGAAAAUCCCAACACAAGGCACGUGUAACCUGAUUGAACGAUGUGCUGGAACAAAAAGGUCACAAAUGUAUUUUUAUUUUUACGGUGCUGAGGAUCAAACUCGUGACUUCAUGUGUUCUUGCCCAGUGUUCCACCACUGAGCUAUAUAUACUCUCCACCCUCAUAUUUAGCUACUUAGAAAAACAAGGAGAAGAAAACAAAUGAGGAUGAUCAUUAACAGGGAAGGGAUUGUGUGUGUGUGUGUGUGUGUGUGUGUGUGUGUGUGUGUGUGUGUGUACCCAUUUAAUUUCCAUAUUUCUUAUCAAAGGAAAUUAUACUAGGAGGAGUGAAUAUGGCUAUGAAGGAAUUGAAGUCCAGGAUGAAUAGGGGGAUGAAAGGUGCCUGGUUUCUUAAAUUGAGCUUAAGCUCAGUUAAUUGUAUUCCUUAAUUUACAUAGACUUCAAAUUACUGAAUGUAAGCUUUUAGGGUGGAAAAUAGAUUUAAAAAAAUUAUGGUAUUAACCUAAUGGUUAAUAUUUGGACAUAUUUACAUAUUUCUCAAUAGGUCCCAUAUUUGGACAUGUAUCACUCCAUAGGACACACAACUCCUUUUCUGGGUAGCUAUUAAACUGAUAAACUGGGAUGGACUAAGGGGAGACAUCUCAUUAUGUUAUUCUGAUAAUUACAAAUCUUGGCAGUCAAUAUGGCCAGAAACAUCAUCUUGUUAAAUUUCUCCUGUAAGCUAGUGUUAUAUAAAUGCACCACAAGUAUCCCAUAUGAGUAAUAGAUGGAUCUACUUCUUUACACAUCGACUCAGAUUUUUGUUAAGCAAAUGCACAGUAGGAGAAACAGGAAGGAAGAGAAAAAGAAGGAAGGAGAAGGGGAAAGGGAGGGAGGAAGCAGCAUGAGUACAAAGACAAUUGUCUACUCUCUCGCUCUAGUUGACUCAAAACUCAGGAUGAUAUUAAGGUGAACUCUGCAAUCUUCCUCUGAGUAAAGCAAACAUCUUACUGUCCUUCCUCAAGGAGCAGCAGGUGCAGUAGCACACGUGAUAGCCACAAAUACAAUCCAGUAUAGAAAAGCAGGUACUUAGCAAGACAGAAUGUGAAUUCUCACCUGAGAUUGUAGUCUACAGCUAAGAUGUUCAGGAUUGAUACUGCUAAGAGGUGUAAUGUGUUAUGGGAUGAGAGUAGAAGACCUGAGAGGGAAUAGAAAUGGAAGAAUAAUUUAUAUUACCUCCAUAAGAAAAUCAAUUUUUACCUUUCUUCACAGUGUUCACAGGUAUAGGAAUAGAGUGUAGGAAAGUGGCAAGUUAAGCCAGUGAACUCUAUUAUUUUGUUACCAUUAAGUAGGGAAGGUCAUCUACUUGGGUGUCAAAGUAAGAAAGUUGGUUUAAGGUCAAGAAACUGAGUUUUUAAGAACUCUGAAGCCAAACACUUUUUUUUUUUUCAAGUAACAUAAAAGUAAAAGAAGGAACCAAAACAUUGGAAAUAUUUCUUCAAUUUUUUUUGGUGAGAGAUAAGACAGAAAUAGAUCCCUAGAAAGUGGCAAGAAAUCUUCCAAGAAGGAAUUUUAAUACAAAAAUGCUGUUUUUCAUUUUCUGUUUCCUUAUUUAAGAGAUAAAGAAACGGGGGAAAUACAAAAUGACUUUAUAAUUGAACCAGUUAGAUCUCAUUUCAAAUGUUUCCAAAGCACACAAGAGACCCCAGGUUUGGUCCCCCCAAUAAACAAACAACCACGUUAACAUUCUGUGUCAAGAGGAGUGGUAACGGGCAGGGGUUUUCUCUUUAGUAAGUGAAGGCACUGGGUAGGAUUAUUUCUUUCUGAAUCAGCAUCCCUUCAGAUACCUUGUGGAAGCAAGAGUAGUAAGAUGUAGUCAGCACAUCACCAGAAAGAGUUUAUAGAUUAAUUGGAGGAGGGGUGGUUAAAAUAACAAUUUCAUGCCAAGGUCUGUUGAAUCCAGAAAAGGAGUAUUCAACCAUUCUAAGAAGGUCAGGGAGUGUUUCUAGAGCCAAUAAUACCAAACCUGGGACCAGAAGAUGAGUAAAAGUUAGUGAGGUUUAAAGAAAAGGGAUAAAGGGUUGCUUGCUCUAGCUAGGUGGACCAGAGUAGGUGGGAGAUCAUGGGAAAUUCACCAUUCAGAGGAUGGCUGGAGUAGAAGGGAAUACAUAUGGUGGCAAAUAUAAGGCUGAUCCUAAAUGAUCUUCUAGGCCAUGCCAAGGAAUCAAGAGUUUACUAUGAGGAUAGCUAGAAAUUGUGGGAGGAUAUUAUGCUAAAAAGUAAUAUGGUCAGGUUUGGGAUCAAUGGCAAGCUUAGAAAUCUGAAUUUAGGGAUACCAGUCAAGGUCAAGGCUGAUGAUGCAAUGCUGGUGAGAGAUGACGGUAGUCAUGAUGAAAGUGAAGAUCUGACUAUGGAGAGGAAGGUGAUUCUGUAGGUGUUCAGAAGCAGCAGUACAUGGUAAGACUUAGGGACUGGUUAGAUACAAAUAUGAACGAAGAAACAGACCUUUGAAGCCCUUCAGCUCUCCUGGACUUCAGUGUCCUACUUCUUGCAGAGAAUUCCAGCAUACUCAAAUAUGAAAAAAAAAUGCAUACACUUCUGAAAAAAAUGUAGAGAGGCAGCUUCAAGUUGAUAAAAUGUGUGUGUACAUGUAUGUACAUUCUCUGUGACUUUCAACAGUAGGGGCCCAAAAAAUUACUUUAAAUUAAUAAAGCUUCUAUUAAACCCUGGAGAAAAUUCUAGGUCUCUCCAGUGAUUUGGGUUUAGCCUGAGGUCUGAGUUACUACCAAAACUUUGAUUGAUUUUCUUAAUGUGUGAAGACUAAUAUAAAAGUCUCUUGUCCUCUUGCACGAAAACCAAGUUUAGUAUCUGGUUUUUCAGGGAAACAAAUCUCAAAGCUUCUCCCCCUUCAAGGCCUGGCUUGAUGAAGACCAUGUCAGUGGCCGCUUAUACAGCCUAGGGAGUCACAUGAGCCAUGUUGUUUCUAUGUGUCAGAACUGAGUGCCUUCUGGGAACUUUAGACAGUUGUCAUGGACAGGAAUCAAGCACUUUAUUUUCCUCUGAAUAUGGGACAUGAAGCAAGUUCUUCCAUGGUUGCCAUAUCAACACAAAGAUGGAUUCUGGAGGGCCUCAGUGGUGACAAUGCAAAAUCAGGGAAACGUAAAAAGCAUAGGAAAAAAGAUCUGGAUCACCCACCGAGUCCUACUCCCAGAGUUAAGUACUGUUGAGAGUUUGGCCUGUAUUUUUCUAAUCUUUCAUUCCUGUGUAUUUAUGGUAUGGCAAAUACAGUUUUAAUGUGACACAAUAUUGGGAUUAUAAUUUACAUACUAUCCUGUUACCUCUCUGUGGCUGCAAUUUCCCAUGAUUGUCUAAAAGGAAAAGAGCUUGGAAAAAAUCCUGUGUUUGUAUUUGACUUUCAUCAUGAACAAGAUUUAUUUGGCAUCUGGUGGUCCACAAAUGCCUGCUUUGAUAUCAGUGUAUGCAAUUGAAAAGUAAAGACUCCAAAACCAGAGCAUCCAUUGGCAAAUGUGAUAUUCACAUGUGCUAGAGGAUUAGAGAGCAUGUUCCCCUUCUUGAUUUGGUCCUCAAAGCAAAGACUGUAAGCUUUUAUAAUUAGGCAGCAAGACUUAAUUACCACAAGGGUAGAUAAUGUGUGACAUUUCAGGAAAUACUCAAUGAAAAUAAACUCGCUGAAGUGACAGAAAUUGAUUAAAGGCUUGUUUGACUCAA